AAAGGUAUAUAUUGUAUCCCUCAUUAUCCAAAGCGUCAAACUGGACUAUCACUUUGUUAGUUGAACCGUUCAAGGAAGAAGGAAAAAGGUAAUUCCCCAAUUCAUUAUCCUAAAUAAGCUAAAUUUCCUUUAACCCUUGUGGUUAACAAAUACCUUUGUCUUGUAAUUUUAUCCCUGAACCGCCUGUAACUUCUUAUGGGGCAAACGCCCCCUGUACCGUUUGUGAUGUUCUCAUUUAGACAACUAGACAACAGACAACUCUGUGCAGGAAAAAGAUCUUUUAAACAGUUCAAACUACGCUCGAAUGAACCGCGACAUUCAGUCAAACAGGCUGGAGAACUAUGUGCGGCAAAGGGAAGUUAGUCUAAUGUUGACCCGAAAAUACCAAAUGAAAAUGUUGCUCAACUACCUACCUUUACCAGUCUCCCUCCAUCUAAUCCUACGAUCCUAAAAGCUCUUCCAAAAUCUUUUCUCAUCAAAAUGAAACCUAUAAAAUGAAAAUGUAGAGCUAAAAAGUGGAAAAGAAAAGAAAGAGAAAGAGAAAGAAACGCAAAAAUGAAAAAGCGAAAGAAAAACAUUUUGGAAAAAAUUCCUUUCUGCUCAUGCACGAACUUUGGAAGCAUCAGGAACAAAAGGCCCCGAAGCGAUCUACUCAGACGGUUUAAUUUCUUUUAAGCCAGAUAUUGAUCAGAAACCGGUUCGUAAAGAAAUGACAAAAUGGAAAGAGCAUUAACACGACAAAAAGCUUAUUUACUUAGAUAGUCUGCUGAGAAGGAAGUCCUAACACAUGCAUUGCUUUAUUUAGGGUAAGAAAAGUUUGUUUUAAACCAAAUUUAUUCAGUGCAAAUAUGGUGCAAAAAAGUGCAAACUACGAUUAAAUCAGGGGUAAAGAUUGUAAAUACAGCAUUUGCCUUAGAAUUUACAACCCCAUGUUAACUGGGAUGCAAAUGCUGUAUUUACCAUCUUUGCUAUUGAUUUUCUGCUAGUUUGCACUUUUUUGCGUCAUAUUUGCCAGUAACUUUGUGUUAAUUUAAUUUUUCGUGCAGCGCAGUUCUUCUUACGUCAAUUUAAACUGGAAUUCUGUCACGGAGAGUAAAAGGUUCUACCAUGUUCCCGCUUGCGGAGAAGAAACUAAGCGGAUGAUAAAAGUAUAAUAAAUAUGGUUACCAUGAGGCCUUGUUCAAUAUGUGUACUACAGGACUGUUGAGGAUGUUUUAAUACGGAGAUUCUCGUUUUUUACAUCUGCCCCAAACUUACGCAACGUUUUUUGGCAUCCCAGUUCAAGUACAGAAAACUGGACAAACCCUUCCUUUUGAUUAGGAACAUGAAAGUAGAGAUAAGCAGUGAUGCUUAGUAAACAGCUAAAACAUAGAAAAAACAAGAAUAAGAGUUGUUAGCAUGAAUUGAUGAUUAUAUGAAUUUGAACAUACGGAAUGAAGAAAUAAACGCAAAGAUUAUAAUCGCAGUUAAAAGGCAACUUUUGCAGUUGCAAAGGUCCAUGUACACAAUUACUGUCUGUACUAUAUACAAAUCUGUUUUUGUUGUAGGAGUUACGGUAAUACUAUUAUUGGUACAAAAUUUUCUCUUAACACUUAAAAUUUCAAUCUCAAAGUCAAACUCCUUGGCACAAUGCGUCGAAACCAAAGAAACUUUCUUUCAUUUUUCUUAAGACAAAUAGUUUUUCUUAUCUGAGAUAAACCUUCAUGUCUUGCCUCAUUUUAGACUACGCCUCUGACAGCUUAGGUCAUGCGAGACGUCUCGAGAAAAUCAGCCCAUAACUGAAUAUUGGAAAACCAAUGAGUAUGUGAGCUGAGCAGGCUGAAUAGUAUGGAACAGUAUUCCCGACAGUGAUCGUGCUCUACCUAAAUAUAAAUUUAAGAAUACCCUAGAGAGUCAGCUACUGGAAAUUUUGAUACAGGCGGAUACUUAUGUUGGCGUGCGUACUUUACUUGACAUAUUUAGUAAAUAUUAAUUUUUAUUUUUAUUUCAUUCAUACCUUGUUUCAUUUACCUGUUUUGAAAUAUAUGUAUUUUCUGUCUUAAUAAUUUAAUAUGUUGAUGUUCGUGUAUCUGUUUAACUCUAUUGCUAUGUUUUAACCCUAUUAUUGCAACUUUUUCUACUUUUCCUUCCUUCCUCGAUUAGCCAUAGGCUACUUUGCGUGCAAGGAUGGAUUAAUUAUGGCAUGUGUACAAAGUGUUUUUAAUAAACGUGACCUUGAACAAAAUAAUAAUAAUUGGAAUCUCUAAUAAUAAUAACAAUUGGAAUCUCAAUUUGUGGUUGGACUGUAUUUGGUUACCCUUAAAGCUGAAUUUCUUGUUAGAUAUAUACAGACGGAGAUACGAAUCAUCCACUGCCUUGUACCAAAUAUACGUUUUUUCGAAAUCCGACCGGGCCAUAACCUAGUCCGCCCCACGGGAAUCUAGUUCGCUUCUUCUUGGACAUGGAAUUUUACCCACAUUUUUAAUAAGAUAGUAAAUAAUUAGCCACAAAUUUCAGCUAUUUGUUCAACAGGAGAAGUUUGAAUUCGAGAAAAAGCUUCCUAGGGGUGAAUAUUUGAGCAUCGUAAGUGCAAGAGGUGAAAUUAAGGGAGGUCCACUGAAAUGAUAAUCAUAGAAUGAUUCUCCCGCCAGGAACCAGUUAUGCGUAUUUUUAGGCUUGGUGCAUCAAAUCAAAGAAAAAAACGUUUGGUUUAGCAAAAAAUGCAGACUUACAGAAUAUUGCAAGAUCUUUGUGGAUUUACAGGUACAAAUGUUUGUUUUUGGUACCUUCCAUGCUUUCAUUUUAAUUUUUGUUAAGACAAGUAAUUUGUCUACUCUGAAAUAAAUCAAGACGAAGGCGUUGUCUUGCCACAUUUUGCACAAUGACUUUGCCCAGUGCCAAGGUAAUGCCAGAUUUUUCGAUGAGUACCUGAGUCUAGCAAGACUUCCCAAUGAUAAUUAUAGGAUUGUUCUCUCGCAAAAAGCUUUUUGGCAAAUAUUUAGUCUUAAUGCGUCGAAACCAAAGAAACGCUUCAUACGAUGAUUAAUCGGUGAAAAUGCUAACGUACAGAAAAAUAGCUGAGAUUCGCUGACGCACAGGUAUAAUUGUUUGUCAUCGGUACCAUCUAUGUUCCUCAAGCUAAAGCAUUGUCUUGCCUCAUUUUGGACAAUGACUUUGGUAGGAAAGGUCAUGUGCGAAGUUUCGAGAAAAAGCAGCCCAUGACUGAAAUAUUGGAACACCCGAAUAAGUAGGAGGUCCCAAUGUUAAUUAGGCUUAUGCCUUCGUAAAAUUCUUUCAUGCACAAUGCGCCGAAACCAAAGAAACUUUCUUUGAUUUUUCUUAAGACAAUUAGUUUUUCUUAUCUGAGAUAAUCCUUCCUCAUGUCUUGCCUCAUUUUAGACUACGCCUCUGACAGCUUAGGUCAUGCGAGACGUUUCGAGAAAAUCAGCCCAUAACUGAAAUAUUGGAAAACCAAUGAGUAUGUGAGCUGAGCAGGCUGAAUAGUAUGGAACAGUAUUCCCGACAGUGAUCGUGCUCUACCUAAAUAUAAAUUUAAGAAUACCCUACAGAGUCGGCUAAUGGAAAUUUUGAUACAGGGGGAUACUUAUGUUGGCGUCCGUAAUUUAUUUGACAUAUUUAGUAACCAAAAACAGACAUCUGUAACUGUACAUCCGCAAAGAUCUUGCAAUAUCCUGUAAGUCUGCAUUUUUAUUAAAACAUCAUUUGGGAAGCAUUUCUUUGAUUUGAUGCACCAAGUCUAAAAAUACGCAUAACAGGUUUCUGGCGGGAGAAUAAUUCUAUGAUUAUCAUUUCAGUGGACCUCCCUUAAUUUCACCUUCUGCACUUAUGGUGUUCCAAUAUUCACCCCUAGGAAGCUUUUUCGCGAAUUCAAACUUCUCCUGUUGAACAAAUAGCUGAAAUCUGUGGCUAAUUAUUUACUAUCUUAUUAAAAAUGUGGGUAAAAUUCCAUGUCCAAGAAGAAGCGAACUAGAUUCCCGUGGGGCGGACUAGGUUAUGGCCCGGUCGGAUUUCGAAAAAACGUAUAUUUGGUACAAGGCAGUGGAGGAUUCGUAUUUCCGUCUGUAUAUAUCUAACAAGAAAUUCAGCAUUAAGGUUAACCAAAUACAGUCCAACCACAAAUUGAGAUUCCAAUUGUUAUUAUUAUUAUUAGAGAUUCCAAUUAUUAUUAUUUUGUUCAAGGUCACGUUUAUUAAAAACACUUUGCACACAUGCCAUAAUUAAUCCUUGCCCGCAAAGUAGCCUAUGGCUAAUCGAGGAAGGAGGGAAAAGUAAAAAAAGUUACAAUAAUAGGGUUGAAACAUAGCAAUAAAGAUACACAAACAUCAACAUAUUAAAUUAACAAGACAGAAAAUACAUAUAUUUCAAGACAGGUAAAUGAAACAAGAUAUGAAUAAAAUUAAAAUAGAAAUUUAAUAUUUACCAAGGACAAGAAAAAUAGAUAUAGCAGACUAAAAUAAAAUGGAAUAAAAAAAGCAGCUGAGACUUCCCUGCGAACAGAGGUUUCUUUCUGGCAUGGCUUUGAGCAUUACGAAGUCAUUUGCAUGACUUGUCAGUUAUAUAGUUGUAAACAAACUAACUAAGGCAUAGGUCGUACUUGACAAACUUUUUGAAAAAUUUGUUUACCUUGCGGUAGAAAUCUAUCAUCGGGGCACAUUGCCAAGUGCGACCCCAAGUUUUCAAGUUGGAAAAAACUUUGAAAAUCGCAAAAUAUAUCAAAGACGCCCUAGUGCUUGGGUGGGGCAGGCAGAUUUUGGAAAACUCGAGCUAAACAAUAGGAAUCACAGCGGUAACUGUCAGUGCUUGUCAGGGUCGGAAACGUGAUCAAUUGAAGAUCUUUGAAACAAUCGCAGAAAUUUUCUGACCUUCGCGCUUGGCGUUGUGAACGGACGAGGUUGCUACUGCUCCUCGCCAUUUCAACGUUUUUACGAAAACCCUAUUCAGGCGAGCAAUUCACAAGCUUAAAAUCCUUCGCCAUUUCAACGUUUUUACGGGAACUCUUUACAAGCGAGCCAAUUACAUUCUACCCAGGCAAGUACAGUCAGAGGCUUGUUAUUCUCCGAGCUAAACGCAGUCUUCGCAGCCAAGCACUUUAUUUUCUUUAUCUUUCCCAUCCUCCUGAAACUGAAAAAGAAGGAAAACGAUCCUAUGAUCGGACGAAGUUGCCUGCGGGCAGACGUCUCCUAUUUCCUUUGUUGCACGCGGAGGCAACGGACGACGAAGAGUUAAUGUUCUCUGGUAUCUGGCCUACUUUAGUUCUCAAUGUGUCAAAACAACGACAAUUGACUCCCACUAGUAACUACUAGUGCGACCCUCCUCCCUCCUUCGAAUUUUCGUGGUUUUUUAGCCGGCAAAGACAAAAACUUUCCUCAAGUGCGACGUUCUUCGCCGCUGGGGACGUUUCGCGCGGAGGAACGUCUGCGACCCAGGGACAGAAAUACCAUACUGAUGAUGCAAAUCAACGUUUACAUAAUAAAUCCAGUAGCGGUGUGCGACAAACGCAGACUGCAGACUUGCAGACUGGCAGGUAAACGAGGAAAACUUUGUUGUGGAAUGCUUUAACAGGGUCCCUAUCCCUGAAGUUUAAGCCAUUUAAAGGUCUAGUUUAGGAAUAGGGAAUCUGUUAGAGUAUUCUUCAACAAUGUUUACUUCGUUUAUCUGCCAGUCUGCAGCAGGGUUCCAAAUAUAAAUUUGUCCAAUUUUACGUGUCUUAUGGUCGAUUUUGGAAAAAUGUUGUGUUCAUCUACGAACGAGCUCCAGCAAAACUCAAAUGCUUCUUCUAGAGUAUUCCACAAAUAUUGACUGUUUUGUUAGAGAUUCUUUGCGUUUAGAUUUUACCUUUGUGGCCUUUUGUCUCUUCCCUAUUUUUUCUGAGGGAGGGGGGACGUCUGUACACAGACUAUCUUUAUUCAUGCAACUACUGAUGGAUAUCGUCACCUCAUGAAGUCUGGGCGCGCCGCCUGUAGAGCGAUAGAGGGAGAGGAUAUCCCUACAUAUAGAGACUUUUCGGUUUAAAAUAUUCAGAGUAAGCGCUAUCUUUAUUCAUUACGCGGGAUGACGUAGUCAGCCAGCGUCUUAAAUUCGGGAGCACAUUCCUUCGUUUUCUUGGGAGUCAAAAUUGCCUUGCUUUUUUAACUUUCCCGUAUCCCUUGCCCGUCCCGAAAAAUUGUAUUAUUUUUGUUGGCUGCAACUUCAAAUCACGUGCAAGUCAGGUUGGAUUGCACAAGCAGAAAAAAGAUACUGCGUCAGCAAAGAAGGGAAAAGUAAGCUUGGACAAGACUCAAGGCUGUGCUAUAGAUCUAACGGCGCAAGACUUGGCCCCUUGGACUUGACUUGGCGACUGAAAAUAUUGUCUAGCUGGCCCAGCCGGGCGACUUGCUGGUGUUGGUUUCUCGAUUUACAGUAAAAAACUUAGAAUGUCAAGAAUUUAUUACUUGCGAAAUCGUAGCUCGCUCGGUCGCUUCGCGCUCCGCUCGCUAUCAAACUCUUGAGGUCGACUUGUAGCAUGUCUGUCAAAAAGCUUUAAGGAAAUGUUGUUAAAUCGGGCAGCGGGCACGCGUUGAUGUUUAAAGGUCGUUUCACGUAAAUUCACAUGUAACAGAAUCCUUGACUAUGAACGUGAAAAGCUGCACAGUUUUCGAUAGUAACAGCUUUUCAAAAUAACAUUGGAUUUUUUUCUUCAAAUUACAAUUGUAGGAUUGUUCAUUAGUUAGUUUUUCAAAACAAAUUGAUACUUUUGCUCUGACAGGCGUAAAGUACGGUAGGCGAAGCAAAACAAUGGUUUUGUAUUUUGAAAAAUCGCUGAAUAAACACGGGAGUCGCUCUUUUAUGUUAAUUAAAUAUUUUUACCUUUUUUUUUACUUUGUUUGCGAGGCUUAGACAUAACUAAGAUUGUUAUUCCAGUAAAAUACGACGUAUAAAAAAGAAAAGAGACGACUAUUAUUGUGAUUGUUCUAGAAUCGGGUAUUAAAAAAAGUCCGGCAUGGUCUUUCGGGUCGUGACAUGGCAUUACGUAUCACGUACUAAAAAUAAAUACGCAAAAGCUAACCGCAUCCACAAAAGCUCAUUUGUCCCGAACAUUUCACCGAUAAUAUAGAAAGAAAAUACUUCCGUUCUGCGCUUAAACGACGACUUUACAACAAGAUGAUCUAUUCAAAAGAGAUAAUAGUUUUGGGGCGGCCGGGGGGGGCAUUUCCUUAUAAGAGGCGAAUGGGGAUGUGCCGCUGGAUGGGGUCACAUUUUCACGACUGGAGUGACUAUAAUGGGGUUGCAAUUUCCAAUAGAGUUACUAGAAUGGGGUCGCACAUUUUCGGAUUUUUGGGUAAGAGAGUUGUUCAUUUUACGGUUCAGCAAACGUACCAGGAUAUUUGUACUGUAGGUGAAAAGUAAAGUGUUCUUCAUUCAAUUUAUUAAAAAAUGGGUCAGUUUAUUUUUUGAUGACCUAUUUAAAGGACUGACAAAGUAGAUACAUAAAUAGAAAGUGACAUUACAUACUUGCUCAAAAGUGACUAAUAUGGAGUCUACAAUUGGCCAUAGAGUAGACUAUAACGGGGUAGGGGCUCUGAGAGGCCAGCGGCACAUACCCAGCAAAAAUUAACCCAAGUAACCCCCCAGGGGGCGCCGCGGUUUCGUUGAAAUCAUACCAGUUUUCCUGGAAAGCUCCACCGGAUCUCAGUCAAUCUUAUUAGGCGAAUUUUCUUUUCAACCUAAAUCAAAAUGAUUAGUAAAAAGAAUAGUGCCCUUAUUUUUGACCCCCAAAUUUUUUUUAUAAAAAAUACAUAAACAGACCAGAAUCUAUCCGUUUAAAAAACAUGAAAUAUUCGGCGGCGUUGCAAAUGUUUCUCACAUGGCGCGAAAACUUACUUUCAUAUGACAACAUGCGAGGUUUUUUUUCGCACGCUUAGGAGGUCAAAGGGAUGUGAUUUUGCAUAAAAAAAAUAUUCACAAAAUUCUCCUUGACGUGUUCAGAAAAUAAUUUGUUUAAUUUUUAAUAAUUAAGUAACAGCUCACUGAUUUAUUAAUUUGGGCGACCAACUUGGAGGCCCGGGCACCCCAGCUAAAAUGAUCUUUCAGGCCUGGGCACCCCAGCUAAAAUGAUCUUUUAGGCCCGGACAUCCCAGCUAAAAUGCGUGGGGAGCCCGAAGGGCUCCCUGAAAUUUUCCCAAGAGCACAGCCUUGCAGCCUUGUCGGAAUGUCGGGAGUGUACGUGUAAAAUUGAUAAGAGUUUGAACAGAAGAAUGUGUAACAAGUUUGAGAGUGACAAUAGUGAUUUUGAUUUUCACAAUGCGGAACACAAGGAGUUGCCUGAGAUUAAAAUCUCCUCCGUUGAAGACCCCUCGAUGAAGGAAGAGAAGAUUGCCAACAAUUGAAACCAAAAGGGACUCAGGCUUCUUUGAGAACUACUGUGAUAGUGUACUUUUUGUAUUGCGCGUUGUGUGUUUGUUGUGACGCGGUGCAUGUACGAUUCUCGGCGUCGGGAUUUUGUAUUAUCAGCAAGUUUUGUGUUAAGAGUGUUUUGAUGUCAGUCAGGUGACGACAAGAAAAGUUAAUAAGCCAGUUGUACAGAAGGAAAAUUGUUUUGUGGAGGAAAUAAAAGAAGUUGAAUUGAGAUCUCGUCGUUGGAAAUUUAUUUAUAACAGAACUUACAAUCCAGUUGGUUUAAAUAAGGUUAGUAAUUUUUUCAGUUUUUUCUCGACGCGGUCGUGCACCUAGCAGACUACCCAUGCGGGAAAUUAAAAUCUUUGUUAAAGAAAACACGGAAAGUGAGACUUUUCGUAUGGAAGAGAAUUCUGGAAAAUACACCAUUGUCGUCUAAAAUUCAUUGUUACGUUAAAACUAGAAAUGGUUUAUACUUAAACCGGUACAGAAGUAACUGUAAGAGUGUGGGGUCUUUACUAAGGGCAAGUCCAAAAUUAGUUCGAAGACAAGGCAAGGUUUAUAUAUCGUCUAAGCACAAAAGAAGAGGCUAUUCAGGCGGGGGUGAGGUAUCAAAAUAGGGUUUUAAGUAAGUAUUUGUCCCUCUGUACAUGCAACUAUCCAUUUUAUAGUGGUUGCCAGAGCUUGAUUCACCGGGUUAGUUUUGGCCAAUUUAAGCUUUCUACUGACAUCGAGAAGAAUCCAGGACCUUCAGUUUAUGUAGAUCAUGCUACAAAAACGAUUCAUGCUCCAUACUGUCAAGGAAACGUUGUAGUAUUUGUGAAAAAUGCGGGACAACAAUGUGUUGCAAUCAGUUUGCGCGCUUUAAUUUAUAACAGACUUUAUAGUAAGAUAAGAAUGAUUACUUUAGUCGAUGAUAUGAUUCAAAUAAUGGCUGUUGGUAAUCAAUUAUAUUCUAGUCUGUCAUUGCUUGAAGACAAUCUAUGUUAAUGUUAACAGACUUGCCAGAAAUGGUUACAGUGUUUGAGCGAUUUUUCCAGCUUGAAUACAUUGAAAGUUAUACUUGUAACAUGCACGGCGAUGCCAGAAUUGAGGGGUAGCCCCACUGUAUGUCCACGUGAAACACUCUUGGCUCUGAACUAAAACUCAUUCGUUUUAACUGUGGGGAUUAUUGGUGGUGAUUCUCAUAGGUAAAUGUGUAUUGUUGGGAAUACCAUUCAUGCAUAAAUUAGUAUAAUAUUUUCAGCGUCUAUAUACAUGUAGGAAUGAGGACAUAAUUUAUACGAGCUUAAAGGUGUAUGUAUUGCCAACUUUGAAGUUGAUCUUUGUUCAAGCAGUCUUGAAUACUGUAGUAUAUCAGAUGUUAAAAGUUUAUACCAAUGUUCUUGUAAACAGUGCUGUGCUAUAGCAGUUUAUGCGACGUGUUACUCUGUUAUUAAUCCAUGUGGAUACUGGACUUCGGGAACUUUAUCUGCCCUUGCUAGUAAUGGGAAUACAUUGUACAAUGUGAUGGGUGUGAAAAGACAUAUUAUGCCAACUGAUCUUCCUGAAAGUGAGAGUAUCAGUGGAGUUCAGAUAAACCUUACUGUUUUUGCCGUAAGAAAUGGUGUCCUAUGUUGCAAAUUGGCUGAGAGCAAAUCUGUGUUGAAGAUGUGCAUUUCAAAACAUUGUCAUGAGGUGACAGGAUUUUUUGUUGUGAUUGGAACAUACCGUAUAAGCUGUGUAGUUCAGCGAAGGAGUAGAGUAAAGGAUUUAUCUUUUUUUGUGGAAUAUGAUGACUGUUAGGUGAAAUAAGACUUGUUGAAAGUAUCAAAAGCAUACAGUCAUUAGUUGAAGAAAUUUGUAAAACUACACAAAGUAAGUUAAAUUGUCAAAGAUUUCAAUAUGAAAUACACUUUAUGCAAAAUUGAAAACAGUGAAAGGAAAAAGAUUGCGAGGAAACACAGGUAUAGUUCAUUUGAGUAUUGUGAGAUGGAACCUCUUAAAAAGAAACAUUUAGUUGCAAGGAGAAAAGAAAACAGGCAGAUCGGGGUAUAGACUUUUUCAUUGAACAGUAAGAAAAUAAAACGAGAAAAGGUCCCUGUUAUAUAUGUUGUGUUUGUAGUCGAUUACUUUAUAAGAGAUCAGUUCACAUUUUUGGCAAAAGCAAAUAUGUGUGUCAAAAUUUUUUCAGUGUGCAGUCUUCAUUUGAUGGAAAACAUUAUGUUUGUAAAACAUGUCACUUAAUACAGACAUUUUCUAUCAACACUUCAGUGCCACUAUUAACAGAGGUUGACUCUAUUACCAACAUCCAAUAAAAACAACCCCAUGUAGAAACCCAGCAACUACCUCACAAACUAGGGGCGCUUUCCAUUUACGAAAAAAACCCGGAAAUUUCGGUGGUAGCAAAAGGGGAAUUUCCGAUCGGUAAAAAGUUGUCCCAUUUGGUCGUAAACCCCGAUAAGUGGCCGGGUGCCCGACCGUGGACCUGGAACUGGUACAAACUACAAGAAACGUCAAUGGAACACGACAUUCUGUUCGGAAAUUCCAACCGGGAAAACGGGACCACCUUUUUAGAUUUUCCACUUUUUCUGGGAAUUUUCCAGUGGGACGAACCGACGAAACGUGUUCCAUUUACCGCCGAACCGGAAAUUCCGGAAAUUUUGACUAAACGGAAAGCGCCCUACACCUAUCAUCUUACCAAUCAACUUCCAAUAUAACCCCACGCCUACUACUUCAUACAUCUCAACUAACCCCUCAAAUAUGCAAUACCACUGCACUACCCACAUAUCCUCAUACACAUAACAAACUUCACGUACGCGUAGUACAACCACGCCCAAAUAUACGCUCCCAAAGCGUCUUGUUAUAUGUUAUUUUAUUUUAUGCUGAUAUGUCUGAAUAAUAGUGCAUUCAAGAGAUACAUUUUGAGGCUCAAGUGGACGACAAAACGUUCUUAAGAGUCUAAAUUGUCUCGAAAAGUCUUUGACGCUGAAGACUUUUAAUAUCGACGCCACAUGACGUCAUUGUCAAGUGUUAAGUGGGAAAUAUAUAGUUUUUUCAGCAAUAUGUAAAAAAGCGUGCCGAUGAUGCGUUUUUCGCCAAUGACAAUACAAAUAAGUAAGGCGCAAAAAGUUCUCGAUAGAAUGAUUAAGGUUUCGUGUUCCAGGAUGAAACAGCAAUCAAAAUUGUGGCACAUUUUUUGAGGACUUUGAAAAGACGGUCAAUCGAUAUACUUCUCCUUCAAAACACAGCUCCAAAGGUUAACACUGUCGCUCCUCUAUUUUUUUAUUACAGAUAACUUUAUAUAUCUGGAUAACUGGCUAAAGUUGGGCAGAAGAUUAGCUGCUUCAGUCAUGCCUAAACGCAUUCUCUUGGUGGUAGGCGGGUUAUUUGUUGUUACCGGUCUUAUCUGCCUCAUAAUUGGAAUCGUUCUAUUGACACGAGGAACGAAAUGUGAAGAAACCCCCCUUGCCAAACCAAGAUCCGUAUCAGACCGAUGUUCUUACUCUGACGAAGCAAAGCGAAGUGGCUUGGAUACGUUUCUCCAAAAAUUGCAAGAUAGCUAUUUUCGUCUUCAUCCUAAUAAGAUCGCAUUUAAACCAGGUGUGAAGCCCUCCGAGAUACGACUGAAGUACCGGGCUUAUAACCCUUCUCCAGACAAUAUCAAACUCAUGACUGAUGAAGCAAUGCGCUUAUUGAAAGAAGUAAAUCAGAUCAACUUGGAAACACACAAGCUCAGACAGCGUGAAAAUAAAGCAUUAGCUCAAGUCAAGCACUAUUUGCAACACGUCUUUGGGGUCCCGUAUGAUGUAAACUAUUACGCCGGUGAUUUUCUGUUGGGGCCAAAUCUGUGGUGUUGGCAGCCACUAUGUGACACGCCUCAUGAGAUGGAGCAUAGCCUACAUUUCUUUAAGCCAGGUAACACAAAAGAACUGGAGAAUUUUGAAAGAAAAUUGGCCGAGGUCAAAGAGAUGUUUGCCCAGUACAGGAAAAACAUGGAGUAUGGCGUAGCAGUUGGAAUGGUGCGCUCUGUAGAGGAAUGCAAAGCUGGGAUCAACGGAUUAACGGCGUAUUUCCGUAAGAUAGCAAACAAAGGACCAAGUGGUAAGAAAGUUUUAACAUAAGACAUAAAACAGCCUUCAUGAUUAAGAGUACAUGGCUCCUCAUAAAAGAAGUUAAUAUAAAGAUAUGUUGCGUCACUUUUGAGCUUGUGGGUAAAUUUUUCGGCGUGACGAGUUAAAUGAACCCAAAGUACAUUUAUUUAUUAUGAAUUUUGAAAUAACAAUUGUCCGGUUUUAUCGUAGCCCUCUUACAUGCAACAUAGCUUUAUUUGCUUUCCAGAAUAGUUUUGUAUGACGUCUCAGCAAGGAAAAAAAUAAGAAAUAAAUGGGUCUCAGUAUUCCUCUUGCACAGUGUUGGCGACAAAAUCCACGCAUGCGCAAUUUUGAAAUCAUUAUAACUAUAAUUAAAAACAAUAGGAAGAAAAGGCUAUGGUAAAAUAUCCUUCAAAUAGUUGGACCACGGUUGAAUUAUCUUUCAACUUAGCGUGAGAAAACAGGCGAUGCCGCCACUGGUUUCCCUACAAAAUGACGUCUGAAAAACGAGCACAGAAAUUCCCUACCGAUAACGCGUCAUUACUCAGAUCUGGGUGGUGCCUCUGAUUGGUUGGAAGUUUGCCCCAUCCAAUCAGAAGCAUUAUCCAAAUCUGGGUACUGACGCCUCUUCAGUGUAUGCAAUUUUUGCGCUCGUUUCUCAGACAUCAUUUCACAGGGAAACCAGUGAAGGAGUAGCGAAAUGUCGUCUGUUUUCUCAGGCUACUUUCAACUAAGAAGAAAAAGCGUUUUGGAUUAAAAUGGAUAUUAAAACUGGCAUUUCAAAAUAAUCUUUUCCGUCAAUGCGGGUGUAGCGCCCUUGUGUUUGCCAAUUGUUUGGUUACUAACCGGAGAUUUGUGAAACAGCUAAGGUAGGCGUCGUCUAGUGGCGAGAACACAGAACAUUUUAGCUGAAAAUACGUUCACAUGAAGACCUUACUGCGGUAUAUGUUGUCCAACUAUCUUCUUACGUUAUUAUUUAUUAGUUUUCCUACCAUGCUUAGUAGCUAAACUUCUUACUUAUCGCUAAAUCUCACCUUGGAUUUUUACUUUGUAUUUUGGUAUUUGAAAAUGAUGUAAUGGCAACAUCAAAACGUUAACGCACAGUUUUUGGUUGUUUUUAGCGGAGCUCUCGCGCACGCGAAGCGCGCGCAGCGCAGCCCUAUGGGUAAGAAAAUCUGGUUAUCUAUGCUUGACGUCAGUACGUGCGUACGUCUACCCCGUCAUGCAAGCUGGGGUGAAAUUUUAGAUUUCAAGCACCCCGCGUCUUUCGGCGGUAAAUUGCAUGGCCACCCAGACUUAGAUAAAAAAACAACAACCAAGCCAAGUCUUUCUUUCGACUAAACUUUAAUCUCUACAUUAACGCGGAUAACAGGGAAAGAGCUAGAGAGAGAAAUAAAAACCAGGGAGACCAAUUUCUUUGGACGAAAAACAUGAAAAUUUUAUAGCGGCGGUGAGAAAAUGAGAAAUGCUAGCGGCCACCAAGGUAAAAAUGAACGGCAAUGAAAAAAAAAAAAAAAGUCAACAGGAACACAUACCACAUUUCCUCCAUUAAACGUUUAACUAGGAAGUUUCUGGAAGUUUUACGUAGUAGUCGUGCAAAACAACGGCAAAGUAAUGUACAAAAAAGUGUGCUGAACGUGCAAAGUUGUUUUUUUGCUAAUUAUGACCUUAAAAAUAAUUUAAGGGAACUUCGCUUUCAGCCCUGGUUAAAUCAAUAUAUUAAAUUAUCAUUUUCACUUUUCUAUUGUUCUUUUAUUUUUCAAGGUAUUUUUGAAGAAUCGUUUGUGGAGUCUCUUCUUGAUCCACAAUUCAUUAAGAAUAUCACAGAAAAUACAGAGGAAAAUAAUUCUUGGGAAACGAAGUACGGAAAGUCUGUAAAUGAGUCUUUGAGGGAGUUUCUGGUCGACAAUUUAGGGAAGCCUAUACAUGAGUUCUUCACGUAAGUUAUCUUUCCUCCAUCGUUACAAAGCUGAGCAGCGUAGUCUCAAUUUUAAAGUUGCGCUCCGAGGCCCCGUCCACACGUAUCAGGAUAUUUUUAUAAAAAAAGGCAGGCUUUUUUCCCUCCGUUUUAGAAAAAAAUACACGUCCACACGUAGCUUUUUCGAAUCAUUUUCGCCCGUCUACACGAAAACGCUAAAACGAAAUCCGAUAACAUCCCUUAUUGAGCAUGCGUCAUGCUAGACGCAUAAGAUGUAUGACAUCAUCUUAUUCGAAAACCUCCGUUUUCGUUCGUCCACAUGUAAACGAAAGGAAGCGUUUUCUGUGACCGUUUUUACCGGAUACGGGUGGACGAUAGGCCAAACGGGUGAUAAAAAUAUCCGUUUUCAAGCAAGAUCGGAUGAAGCACUCCUCUGUAGCUUGGUUGGUUGACCAGGCAUUGUGUAAUUCCUGCGAAACCCCAAAACUGAGAAAAUUAACCAGGAAGUUGUGCGUGCAAGUAAACGAGGAUUAAUUUAGGUUUCUGGGAAACUGCCCACCUACUCCUCCCUUAGGCUAACAUUAACACUUAGUUCUUAUGUAGGGCAAAAUAUUAGCUUAGGGGAGGGGUAGGUGGGCAGUUUUCCAGAAACCUAAAUACUCCAUUUUCGAGUUCGCUAUGACCGCUGAAUUGAAGAAGUGAAGACGCAUUUUUUACAGCCUUAGCCUCAAUCUGAAGUAUUAUAUUCACAAAUUCCAACGAGAAAAAGACCUGUUUACUCUGUCUAUUGUGUAUAUUCAAAUUUCAAACACUUGCUUGCCAGGAUUUCUGAAUAUUUUACUUUACGUCGAGGCUAACCCUGUAUGAAUGUGUCGUUAAUGUUUGUAUUCAGCGGUAAUUUUUAAUUCGAAACUGGACUAUUGAUCCGUAAACGAUACCUAAAUGCAAAGCGGAUUUAUUUUAACGCUGACUGGUUCUCUCUUGUUUUCUUUUACCUCUAGGUAUCUUAGAAAGGUUCACGUGCAGUAUUGUGUCCCCAGUAAUGUGUCCAGUGGCCUCGCCACGCGUCCACUCUCGUACGUAUAUGUGAACGGUACUCCUGAUACCUCAAGAAAAACCAACAUGUCUUUGCCAACUGGCGAAAUUUUAGACGGAAAGAAGUCGUAUAAAGAUAUUGUUUCCUUCUUCACGACAAAUAGCAUGACCCCGGAUGAAAUACAUCAACUGGGAAUUAAGAUGCUGGGAGAACUAUACCCUCAGGUUAGUGGAUCCAAAAAAGAAAAACCUGAAAAACCGUACCACCUGAGUCUCGAGGUAAUUAUUUGCACUAGGUCUUUAAAUCUCAGAAGUUAAGAAAGUCAAAAUUAGAUUUGGGAAAAAUUUAAUUUCGUACCUUCCAAAUUCAUGGUAAAGGCAUUGUCACUACUGUAUCCAUGAAGUUCACUUUAACCGGAAUGGUUGCAUCUUAGAAUGUUAUCCAAAUGUUUUCAGCCACACACUUCUCAUAGACUUGACUCUCUCCUUCAUAGAGCGGCUCCUGCUAGGAAUCCUAAUGAAAAUAGCAAUAAUCGAAAAAUGGAAAGCGCGCGGGGAACCUUUCUUUUUCCUUCUCCCCAGCCUUCCUACGACAUAAAGAGUCCUCUUCGGAGGAGAUAGAGGUAUAAUCGAAACUGCUUCGUUGGUAAGAUUUAAGUCAAAUCAGGUACUCGUAGUCGUCCUCGUCCUUGAAUCUAAAGGUCCCUAUUAUUCAACACCAAUUAUAACAUAGCUAGAAAAUUCCCCUAAUCAAAUUCAAUAGCGCGAACGUGCUUCAUAUUCUUAUUGAGCACGCUGAUGACGUCAAUAAAUUUUCGUAAUUCCUCGAGUUGUUGUGAGCUUAGCAAACCUGAGUCUCCUGAGUGCAUCCAUAAUUCGGCAGUACACGAUAAAGCGUUUACCAUGUGUUUUAUAAGGAAAUUUAAGAGGAAACGUUUGAAUUUUUUAACCGAUAGUAAGGAAAAGAGGUGAGUGUUGUUGUUGUCAUUUCCGCGAGCUGUACGGGCUAUGGCGUGAGAUCAUUCUUUGCAAAGUUGUUUUCUCUCAAUAACAAUUUUUCGGUGAAUUAGUAGUUUUAUGGCACCUAAAUAUGGAUUUUACAAUCAUUUUAGAGUACCCUUUCUCUCAGUUUCAGGAUAAAAACAUAAGCUUAACUGUGAGGAAAAAAAUAUACUCACGUAAACAUUGAUGCGUACUGCUUUGAGCGCGCCCUAUAAUAAUAAAAUUUUAAGUUAGCUGAUGCAUUGAUCACUUUGAUAAUGUUAUAAAACAAUUAGUUCAUGCUGCAGCUGUGCGUAUGUCGAGAUAUUGAGCACUUGGGAAGUUUGGAGAGCACUCAAGAGGCUAGAGUUGCACGAGGCGCAGCCGAGUACAACUCUUACGCCUCUUUCGUGCUCUCCAAACUUCCCGCGUGCUCAAUAUCUCGACAUACGCACCCUGACGCAUGAACUAAUUGUUAAAUAGUCUUUUAUCGAAUAACCUUCCCUCUUAUUUUGAUUUUGUGCCAUUGUCAACAGGUUCUGGAAGUAGCGAGAGUGGUAACGAAGGAAGUCAACGACAACGAUACUGCCAAAGAAAAAUUUAUACAAAGAAUGAACCAUUCUGACAUGUAUUUCAUCCAGGAAGAGAUUCCGAAAAAUGAGUCGGACGAAAACGCUCACGUGGUGUGUGGUGAUAUAGAGGGUGCAAAAACGUACUGUCCUACACGCUGGAAAGCGCUACAGAACUGGUUUAAAGAGGCUCAAAAGGUAAGUGUUACAAAAUGACAACGACGUUUGUAUUUUUCUUGAUGUAAACUUGCAAGAGAGAAUGAGCUCUUGAAACUCGUGUGUGUUCGUCAACCUCGUCCCCUGCGGACAAGGUUGGAUUUCAGUCAACUAAAAUUCGUUGAUCUUUUAAGGGGAACUCCCUUUCAAGGCUUGGCUAUCUGACCAAAUUAAUUAACAAUUAGUUCAUGUGUCAGCGUGCGUAUGUCGAGAUAUUCAGCAAGCGGAAAGUUUGGAGAGCACGAAAGAAGGGUAAGAGUUGCUCAAGGCGUUAUUUAACACAUGGUAAGCGCUUCAUCGUGUACUGUUGAGUUAUGGAUGCACUUAAGAGAUGUCUUGGGAGGAUUGUAAAGCUUACAAGAACUCGAGGUAUAGUCUAUUGACGUCAUCAGCGUGCUCAAAGGCAAUAUGUGGCACACUCGCGCUAUUGAAUUUGAUUAGGCGAAAAUUCUAGCUAUGUUAUAAGUCAGAAAUUAGAAAUAGAUAUUAAGUAAAACUAAGAAAUCCUCGGAAAAAAAAAUUCUAUCCCCCAGCGCGAAUCGAACCCACGACCUUUAUACAUGUAAGUCAUGUAUGUUUUCAAUUAACUAGCCAAACUAAGAAACGGCAUUUUUUUAACGCACAAUUGUCUAAAUUCUUAUUUAGAAAAGUUGAUGGAUAUGGCUUUUUUUCUUCCUGUCUUUUGUCAGGCGCUCGGCUUACUUGAUCCCAAGACAAUUAACAUGUUCCAUUUUACUGGCCCUAAACAAACCACGCCUAACUGUCCUAUAACACUGGCUCCAGAUUUUAACCCAUCUGCAGGACCAAAUUACGAGAGUGGUGGUAAAGAGUGCAAGAUAAAUGCUCAAUACAAUAUACCGUUCUUUUUGGAGAGACCUGGACCCAAGUACGAAGAAUGGAGUACGAACGCUCAUGAAGGAAGACCUGGGCACCACACUCAAGUAAGUUUUUUGGAUAGGUUUCUUUUUUUAGUUACGCAUUAAACAUGACAUAUAAAAAUGACAGUGUCUUUUAGUAUCCAUUCCGUGUGUCAUGCGAUGAGGCUACCAGUCUAAUAUACCAGUCUGGACCAAAGUUAACGUGUAGUUGAUAGAAGACAAAAAAAGAGAUUUAUUCUUUGGUGGCGGAAGUUAAAUUACCAAAAUUCUCCUUUGUGACUAAAACUUAAAGUGAUGCUCGCCUUUACAUUGGAGUGAACUACUUUCUAUUGACUGGCAUGAGUGACCACAGGACCGAAGGGAUGUUCUUUCUCCUGGAAGCGAUGUGUUUGGGUUUGGAAUAAGGGAGGAGAUGCGGAAAGGAGAGUGGGUGAGGCGCAAGGGAGAGGGGAAAGAAGUGGAGCGUGAAAUAGGGAAACUUAUGUGCACCGCUAAAGUUUCCUUAUUCGAACUAAAAAGAGGCCAUUGGAAAUACAUCCAAGUGUUAGUUUUUAGACUUUGAAUUCGUUCUUUCCUCUUAAAAGGUUGAUCAUUGGCUGUUAAUUUAUUAUGUUGCAGGUUCAAGGUCUGGAGGAGCACUUCAUAGAUAGGUGUGGUGGAGUAAUUAAGUGGCUUGACUCAGAAACGUAUUACACGGCUUUCACUGAAGGCUGGGGUCUAUAUGCUGAAAAUCCGCUGAUAGGUGAAGACACUGAUACGUACGAAAAUGAACCGUGGCAGAAAUAUGGUAUGCUUAAAUGGCAGGUUAGUUGACAUUAUCAGACAUCGAGUGUCCCGUACUGCAACGGCUAACAUAUAUGUAUCAAGAUUAGCUAGGAGCAGUUCGUGUACUUAAUUAAAGAAAUGACUAUCCAUACCAAUUAAAUUUCCUUAUUUACUAUUGUCUGAACUGCAGAAGGAAUAAAUUUCAGCUUGCAAUGUCGCAAAAUGGAAUUUCAUACACAAGCACAAAACUGGAUAGAAACACAAAUCGUCGAAAGUAUUCUCAGUUCAAUUAGGUGACAAAAUUCUGAUCGUGCUCCUGAUUCUACUUUCUUUUUAUCACAUUGUUCUAUUGUUACUGAUACGUGCAACUGACAUCAAGACAACAAAUGUUAAAAAUUCCACGAAACGUUUGUAAUAAAUUGCAAUAUUACCUGGACAGUCUGGUGCAAAAACACUCUUAAAGCAGAAAAAAAAAGAAACGAUUACUGUUCCUAUUGCUGUAUAUUUUUGGAGUCUGUACCAGAGACAUUGCGGACAGCUAAUGUAGAGAUUUACGUAUGGUAACGCCUCAGCUUGGUUGUUUGUGAAAUCCUGAGAGUUUUUCCUUUCGAUUUACUCUUCUUUGAAUUGAUUGAGUAAGAAUUCUUAUAAUACUGUUUUACUUUUUAGGUGCCUUUCAUAGUGUAAUGGGCACCAUGAAUUUAUCAUUGAUUUACUACCGUAAAUAAUUCCUAGCGUUUUGCACCCAACGUGUAUUAUUGUGACAGUUACAGAUAGGAACAAUUAAGCUUCAUGUCUUAUGUACCCGUUACGAUUUUUCGAUUCUUAAUACAUUUUUCCCAUGCUUAAUUUAAGGUUUGGCGCGCGUUGCGUUUGAUUGUGGACUCUGGGCUUCACUCCAUGGGAUUUUCCCGCGCAAAAGCACUUCAGUACUUUAAAGAUUAUGCUUGGGAUGAAAGCGAAACCGCUUACAAGGAAGUUACUCGUUACCAGAGCGCCCCAGGUCAGGCUACAGCUUACAUGAUUGGACAACAGCAUAUUAAGAAGCUAAGGGACGACGCACAAAAAAUCCUGGGAGAUAAAUUCGACAUCCGUGACUUUCACUAUCAUUUGCUUUCACAAGGCUCUUCGCCGCUGAGUCACUUGGAGCAGAGUAUCAAAGAUUACAUCAAAUGCGUUCAGAACGACAAGGCUCCUGGAUGUUAUGAUAUACUUAAUCCUUCAGAGAAAGACGAAGAAGCGUACAAUAACGUCGCGGAGGACAGCAUAGUCCAGCCAAUCACAAGAAGAAGACGUCAUUAUUUCUGACUAUCGCACUAUUCGCGUUGAGCAUUAUGUUCUUUAAUAUUAGAUUACUUUACCAGCAAUUCGAGGUUAACAAAAAUCAAACAAACAAAAAAUCACGAAGGCACACAUUUUUUUGUUAAAGCCGUGAAUCAAACUUAAAUAGACCGGCUCACGUAGCUUCAUUCAGUUGUAAUGUUCAAAUAAAAUUCAGUUUUUCAGGGAGUUUACCGCUGUUGUUAUUGAUGGCGGAGCUCCACGUGUGCUCGCGUGCGUUAGCGGAGCCCUAUAGCUAAGAAAAUUCGUAAUUUAUCCUUACUGCAUAUCAGUAUUGUAGCAUCGCGGCAUACUAAGUUAUGGGACGAAUCUGCGGCUGCCUUGGCAAAGAUAUGCAGCAAGGCUUGGUGAUCUGCUCACUGCCAUUAGGGGAGGUUAGAGGGGCGAAAAGCGCUUCCUGCAGACAAUCCCGGCAAACUGCGAGAUUUCACACCGCGACACCCAAAUUUAACUUAGAAGGCCGCAAAGGAUCAUAAUUGAAUCCAACUGCUAAGAACUCUUGGGAUUAAGAGAAUGCAGGCAUGUUUGCGAGACGCUCUCAUUAUAUAUGCAGUAAGAAUAGGUUAUCUAUCUCUCUGAAAAAUUAUGAUAUUCAUGUGACCGUACGUCCGUCCGACCAUCCGUCCGCAGUACAUGAGAACUAAUAUGAUAUCUUACACUUUCUAGCGGAGCUCCGGCGCGCGAAGCGCGCCAGCGGAGCACCAUGGGUAAUAAAAUUUGGUAAACCAUCCAUCCGAG